ACACCUCCAUGGCAAAUCCAUCAAGCACAAGAACAAACCCAAGCAAUCGUUCACUCACUCUUACUCAAACCUCUUCACAUUCUCUAAAGCCAUCUUGCUUCUUGUCAAUACUCAACUACUUUCUUUCCUUCCUAGUUUAAGAACCGACCGAGGAAAUGGCUCUUAAUGUCGCCGCCGUCAAGCUGAUGAAACCCAAGAACCAGCCCAGCCGGGCCUACGUCACGUUCUUGGCCGGGAACGGCGAUUACGUGAAGGGUGUGGUUGGGCUGGCCAAGGGGAUGCGGAAGGUGAAGAGCAAGUACCCGCUCGUGGUGGCGGUCUUGCCGGACGUGCCGGAGGAGCACCGGAAAAUACUGGUGGAUCAGGGCUGUAUCGUGAGGGAGAUCGAGCCGGUUUAUCCGCCGGAGAACCAAACUCAAUUUGCCAUGGCCUACUAUGUGAUCAACUACUCCAAACUCAGGAUUUGGGAGUUCUUGGAGUACAGCAAGAUGAUCUAUUUGGACGGAGACAUCCAAGUCUUCGACAACAUUGACCACCUCUUCGACCUCCCGAACGGCUUCUUCUACGCGGUCAUGGACUGCUUCUGUGAAAAGACGUGGAGUCACACUCCACAGUACCAAGUUGGGUAUUGCCAACAGUGCCCCAACAAGGUCCAGUGGCCCAACCAUGUCGGUCCAAAGCCGUCACUUUACUUCAAUGCCGGCAUGUUCGUGUAUGAGCCGAACCUCAAGACGUAUCGCGACUUGCUCGAGACGCUCAAGAUCACACCUCCGACUCCAUUUGCUGAGCAAGACUUCUUGAACAUGUACUUCAAGGACAUAUACAAACCAAUUCCCAACGCGUACAACCUUGUGCUCGCGAUGUUGUGGCGUCAUCCCGAGAACGUCGAGCUCAACAAGGUCAAGGUUGUUCAUUAUUGCGCUGCGGGGUCCAAGCCGUGGCGGUACACGGGCAAGGAAGAGAACAUGGAAAGGGACGAUAUCAAGAUGCUGGUGAAGAAGUGGUGGGACAUUUAUGACGACGAGUCCUUGGACUACAAAAACAUUGUUGCUAGAGAUGAAGCGGUGAAGCGAGCGAACUUGAAGAGGUUCAUCGCGGCGCUAUCUGAAGCAGGAGUUGUGCCUUACAUGACUGCCCCGUCUGCCGCGUAGCUGUUAAAGAGUUUGGGGAUUGUUAAAUAAGUUUGUAGAGGAAUUUUAGUGCAUUAAGUACAGCUUGGAGUUGGUAUUUUUCUUCCUUAAAAUGAAAGGCUUGUUUUUUCUGCCUUUCAUUUCCUUGAUUUCUAGAGGUCUGAAGUGAAUUUCUCUGCAUUUUUUUUGUUUACUUCGGUAGACUCAAAUGAUAUCUUCAGUUGUAAGAUUGUACAUGAUUUCUUUUGCUACACAUGACUUGAUGUAGAUUAUGUAAUAAUCAAAUCAGCUUUCUGUA